AUGAUCCCACUUUGCUUUUUCGGCGAAGGGCUUCGUGAAAAUGUCGACUACCUGCUCAAGAGUGUCAACAUUGACCAUGUUGAAGUGUUCAACCUCAAAUUGCUGACGCAACCAGCCAAAGCUGAUAUUUUGGGUUCUAUCGGUAUGGCGCAUUUUCUCACUGUCGCCUUUGGCAACGAUCGUAAUGGUUGCUUGGUUGUCUUCCAGGCAAUCGCCAGAGACGUGCUGAACCGUGGCUUCACAUCAGGCCGAGACAGAUUGGAGCCUUGGGCGGUGCAGUUGACAAAUUGUCAAGACGACAAUCUGGUGACUGGAUUUUGGCAUCGCCCCAUCAACGACCACGACAAGACCCCUCGGGAUCUGCGGAAGCCCAGCAGCUACCGGGACUGUCUGGCCUUGCAUAGCAUCUGCGGCGGCUUCACCCAUUUCCUGGCCCAGCUCGAGAAGGUCAUCCCGGAGGCCGACUUCAAGAAGGAAGAGGAAUCCCUGAAGCAGCUCUUUAUGAGUGGCGCCCUCGACCCGGAGAUCCAAAGUGCCUUGGAGAAUUCCGUUCCCCCCGGCGACCUGAAGUCCAUCGGGCAUCUGAGGGAAAUUUGCAACGACGUGCAGCAGCGGUGUGCUCUGCAGGCCGAUGCUCGGAACGAAGAGCUGGCUCGAAAGCUGUCCGAGGCGACAUUUGCUCAGCUGAAAGCUCAAAUCGAGAGUGAUUUCGAGACUCUGAAGCAGCGGGUGCCGGACUCGCACACGAUGGCCGUGCAAGCGGCCAUGGAUGUCAAGUACAUCAAGGAUCGACAACAGACUGGCAACGACUGGGUGGCAAAGUGGCUAUCCGAGAACUGCCACAUGAUUUUUCCCAGCGAGGAUCAAUUGGGCCGCUCCGUGGCACAGUUGUCCCAGCUGGUCCUUUGCACCCUCGAUUGCACGGUGUACCCGAGCAAUGCAAAGAUGCUGAGCACCCUUCUAGACAUGUUGUGCACCGUGCUCAACAUGUCACCCGACAACGUGUGUCAUCUUCAGUGCCCCCAGCACCAGGCCCAGACCACCGUGAAUGCAGCCCUGAAGCACCGUCGUUUCCUGAAAGACGGACUCAUCAAUCGUUCGUUGGAUUUGAGUCGGGGUGUCACCCUGCUGUUCAACAAAGAUGCGAGUGGACGUGCGUCAGACGAAAGGCCCGGAACACAGAGCUGUUAUGCUGUCUUCUCUCAGCAUUGCCGAGUUUCCCAGAGUGCCUGGCAGAACUCGGAGCCGUUGAACUACCAGACCAUUGGUGACCUGGCCCUGGCGAAGGUUUCCGAAAUGAAAGGAUACGAUGCUGAUAACCGUCCAUCUGCGGCGGCGAGGGUGGAGCAGAAGGGCACCGAGUGCCAUCGGCAGAUCUUGGCAUCCUAUUUGCAAGGUCUGGAGUUGGCAGCCAACGACCACGUCGCGGUGUUCGACCUCUUGCAGAAUCGGUACUGCGAAUUCGGCCUUGCGGUCCUGGGCAACACAUUGUCUCAGGCAUGGCCGGUGAAGUACUUUGGCAUUCUUCAGCAGCAUCAGAAAGAUGUGCAGCUUGAGAUGCAGCGGAUUGCGUACGAAUAUUGGGAUGGCAGCAAACUUUCUCCUCCGAAGCGGCGACCGACAAACGAGGCUCAGGAAGCAGCCCCUCCCAGUCUCAAGAUCUUGAGCUGGGUAGGAGGGCGACCAAGGUGGCCAGUGAGCAUGUUUGAGAAGUUUGUGGUAGGAAGCAAGGAGUUCGAUGACAUGGCAGCCAUCAAGAAAGACGUCGACCGAAUGUACCCAGCUCCUGCGGAGUCAGAAGCUUCCUCAACAGCCGCCAAUCAGGACCGAACUCAAGGCCUGCCCGACUUCUCCGUCGACGGUGGCCGGUCGCCAUUGGAUCUUAGUCGGUUCCUGGACCUCGCGAAAAUCCCCAAGGAGGACUUCCAGGAAGAGAGGCUUGCCUCGAGCGUGGGCUUUGCGGGCAAGCCCUCCAUCUGUGUCAACCAGCACUAUGAUAUUUUCCUGGGCAACGAGUCGAACUCUCCUCUCACCCUGGGGCCAACCGAACUUUUCGGGUUCAACACAGGCACCUACUGUGAGAAGCUGAUCGAAGGCCUCGGGGAUUCGGAGUGCAAUGGCUUGGUGUGGCGAUUGGCCAACGACCUGACCCACGUCGCCGUGGACAAGAAGUUGAUCCCGCUGUGUUCCUUCCUGCACGAGUGCGUGAACAACCGAGGCUUGGCAGAGGUGGACUUGCAAGACCACGAGCUGGCCCCGAAAAUGCACCCGGCCGUGGAGCGUCAAGAUCCUCUUCCUGUCGUGCUUCGCUACGACGUCCGCCCUGUGAGAACUCUGAAAACCAACGUGUAUCGGCCGGCAAAGUUGUCUGAGAAUGCUGACGAGAGUGCGGUGACAGCUGGCGAGUUGGUUUGCAAGCCCUCCCAACUCGGGGUCAUCUUCCACGGCAAGUACAACAGCCUGCUGAAGUCGAAUGAUAAAGCAGCUGUGGUCUGGGAGGCGACCCCGAAAUCCGGGCCCAAGGCUGGCCCGAAGAAAGUCAACAAGAAGCCAGCUGCCGUUCACGAGAUCGCGACCCCGGCUGGUGAAGAGCCCACGGACAAUGAUGUUGAGGAGCAGGAUGCUCUUGGUGAAUUCGAGACUCCGCCGACUAAGAAGCAAAAGGUCGAGAAGAAGCCUGCUGCAGGGCCGGAGGUGCGGCGAGUGUGCAACCCCACGUACAAGGAAGAUGCCAAUAGAUGGGCCAUCAAGAUCGCUGGCAAGGAAGCCGUGUCCGUGGGUGCAAAAAGCUGGCCGAAAGACAAGCUCAAGGAGAUCAUCGAUGUAUGCCGUGAGAAGUUGAUCCAAGGCGACCCGAUUCCAAGCGUGCGUGAAACGGCU